AAAGAGAGUACGAUGUCAAAUAAGGAUAAUAAGAUUAAAAAAAAGCAAACGGAGAAAUCUGAAAGAAAAUUGGUCAAGAGAAAAAUGUAUUGGGUUAUGGCUUUGGUCAAUGUCAACGGAGAAAAGAGAAGAUAUGCUUUUACGACCGAUGAAGAUGUAUCGUAUAAGCUGCUUUGGGAAAAAAUAACCUUGAUACUUGGAGCUGAUGUUCGUGAAAUCACUUAUUCUCGUGGUCAUAACUGCUCUCAUGUACUGAUUAACAGUGAUGAAUCUUUAUCUUUAGCACUUGAGUACAUGGAAGAAAAACGUUUCAAUUAUAAAUUUGGGAUAGAAAUAUGUGUGGAUUAUUUUAAUAAUUGUUCAAAAAUGAAGAAUAACAAGUAAUCAUUAUAGUACUGACAUUCUAACACCAAAUAAAAAAUAGCAUGGAAGAUGUUCUUACAAUAAAGCUCAUACUUGCGUAUCAAUCCCAAACGUAUCUAUGAAUGUGCCCACUAUGUGUAUUUCUAAUUAUGG